AUGGAUAUUGGGCUGCGGCCCAAGAAACGCAUCCUUCCAUCGGAAGGCGAGGAAGUCCAGCCCAAGUGCCGUAAGGUUUUCGGUCAUGCCUAUCCCAGCCAAAGAUCACAUGAUGGAGAAAGCAGGGGCGAUUUAGCAUCCGCACUGCCAAGCGGGGGCUUGAAAGCUGGCCAUGCUAAGGUUGAUGCGAACGCCCGUGAGCCCAUCCAGAGGGCCAUCGUGGACCUCACCCUCAACGCCGCUAACGAGAAACUGUAUGGCUUAUAUAGCAACAGUACUGAUGAUGAUGACUUUUGCGAGAUUGUCAGCGGUCCUGCAGCUGCCGGUCCAGCGAAGCCGGGAGCAGCAACGCGGCGAGCUGCAGCAGCGCCACCACCAGUAUGGGACCUCACCACUGAGGCUACAGAAGACAGCAGUGAUUCCCUCCUGGAAAUCUCGGAACCGGACGCGGAUACCGGCACAUCCACUGUUGCUCCUGCUGCUGCUGCUGCUGCCACCAUUAUGCCAGUAGCUGCUCCAGCACCGGCCCCAAGAUCCGUCGCUGACGCAGUUACAAUCACAACCUCAGCCAGAGCCAGUCCCAGCACCCGCACAGGCAUUUGCCCCGUCUGCCAGGCCGACGACCAAGACGCCGUACAACGCGAGACUAUGCGCGCCGCGGAGCGCCAGCUCAGCGCCGGAACCACCGUAGCUUUGCUGGCGCCCGGUGGAGCCACGUCAGCGGCGGUGGCGGAGGCCGCCGCCGCCGCCGGGCCGCAAUGCUGCGCCAGUUGCCGCUACUGUGCGGCGCUGGCGACGGUAGAGGCAGCUCAGCACCAAGUGUGUUCCAUCGUGGCCCGGCACCCCGCGCAUGGGGGCCUGCGGGGCUGGGUGUUCGAGGUGCACCAUGCGGCGUCGUUCAACAUCGAGGCCCUGCGGGUCGGCUCGUCGCUGAGGGCCGAGCGCAUUGAGCUGGGCGGCGCGGACAUCCGCGUGUACGACAUCACCGACCCACGGGUCACGCUAGCCCAGGCGCAACUCAAGGCUUGCAUCAACCCCAAGAACCUUCGCAAGCUCAACCACCCGAAGUACGCGGGUUUGCUUAAGGUCGUGCUGCUCGGCUUUGAAACCAAGGACGGCAGGCGUUCAUCAGUGCUGUCGUACAGAGGCGUUUCUUCGGCGCCGAUCAGCAAUGCGGGUCUAGAGGCGGCUGUACGACUGCCGGGCGACCAUUUUUUCGGACUCAUGUGGAUCAAAUAA